GAAGGAGUGGGGAAAGGAUCCUUUGCGGGGUAAGUCCAAGUCGCAUUCUGUAUAAAUACUCGGUCAUUGAAAUCCUACUACUGCUUCCUUUAUCAACAACAGUCACUUGAACCAAAUGGAGUCGCGACCAACUCCUCGAGUACGUCCUCCACGGGAAGGCAGUCAUCAUGUCUCCAGCUUUGAACUUGAACGGCCAUCCUUACCCCCAACAGAUGGAGGAAGAGACGCUUGGUUGAUACUAGCCUCAUGCUGUCUAAUACAGUUGCCAGUCUGGGGUUUUUCCCUUGUCUAUGGGAUCUUUCAGGAGUACUAUACCUCCCACAAUGUCCUUCAAGGAAGUAAAGGGGAUUUAGCAGUAGUGGGAACAACUUCUACUGGAAUCCUCUAUCUUCUCUCCCCGGUGACUUUUACGCUUCUCACUCGUUAUCCCUACUUACAGAAGUAUUGUGCUUCUGUUGGUCUCAUACUCAGUGUCUCUGGGUCUCUGCUUUCCUCUUUUUCGGUAAAAGUCUGGCACUUGAUUGUCACUCAGGGUGUUCUAUGUGCCGUUGGAAAUGGUCUGGUCUUCAGCCCGACAACCCUCUACCUUGAUCAAUGGUUUGUUCGUCGUAAAGGUCUUGCGUAUGGGAUUAUGUGGGCUGCCAAAAGCAUCUGCGGUGUGGUGCUUCCCUUUGUGGCCAGCGCCUGUCUUGAACGGUUCGGAGCCAGUACUACCUUGAGAGCUUGGACGAUCACUACGCUCCUCUCCACUCUGGCAGCUUUGCCAUUUGUAAAGCCUCGGACCCCGCCCUCGCCCUCGACUUCCGCUCAACGUUUAGAUUUAACAUUCUUAAAGCUAGUCACUUUCUGGAUGCUACAACUAGGGAAUGUUAUCCAGAGCUUUGGCUACUUUUUGCCUACGACCUAUUUGCCAUCCUACUCGACCACCGUGGCGGGUUUAUCCAACACUACAGGCACGCUUUUAGUGGCUCUCUUCAAUGCGACUUCCGUGGUGGGUGGAAUUGUUUUGGGCGCACUUUGUGAUCGCUUUGCCGUUACCAACAUCAUACUUCUCUCAUCCGUAGGUUCGGCGCUCUCAGUCUUACUGUUCUGGGGGCUUUCAACGUCGGCCUCGUUAUCUUAUCCAGAAGCUGCGAUUGGCCUUCUCACCACUUUCUCCAUAACAUACGGUUUCUUUGCUGGUGGGUUCAGUUCCACUUGGUCGGGUGUAUUGACACAGAUCAAGCAGGAGAUGCCAACCUUAGAGACUGGGUUGGUGUUUGGAUUAUUGGCAGGGGGCAGAGGCGUGGGGAAUGUAAUUAGUGGACCGUUGAGUACUGCUUUAAUGGAGAAAGGAUCACUUGGCGGGAGUGGCACUGGGUAUAGCACGGAAUAUGGGGCGUUGAUCUUGUUCACUGGCAUUACUGCCAUUCUUGGGGCGUGGAGUUGGAUAUGGCGUUACCUGAGUGUCUGUUAGAUGAGUGAAACAUACAAGUGAGUCACGUGCACUCUCCAUUUCUUGCGGACUGGUGGUCCAUCACCACUCCCGAACUUCGGCAAGCUCAACAAA